UUAAAACUCAAAAAAUUUUUUAAAAUGAAUAAAAGAUUAAUUUGUUGCUUUUUAAUACUCUUAAUUUCUGCAAGCGUCUAUACAUAAAGCAGCAUUGCCUUCUAUGAUUUACUUGACUAUGAAGCAAAUAUGUAUUAAUGCUUAAAAUUCUACAAAGUCUCAACUCAGCUUGUUGAUGGAUAUAAAGAUAACACCACAAUAUUUUCUCCCUAAGUUUAAGGUAAGAUAGACAGAGCAUAAGAAUAAGGGAUUUCUACAGAUUUACUUUUUGACCCUUGCGUUAAUACUGUCAGAUAAGAGAAUUUUUACACUCCUGAGUAUCAAGUAACUAAAUUCUCUGAAAACUACAAAUUUCUUACAGGUUACUAAAAUAUCUGGUUUAAUGUCAUUUAAAAAGCUGAUAGAAAUUGCUUUUGGUCAACUGAUGCCAACUUAAAUUGUGAAAUUUUGACAAAAUACAUUUCCCUUCUCCAAGCCUAAACAGGUAAGAAAAUUGGUAUUCGCUCAUCAUCUCUCGACUGGUCCAAUAUCUUCGGUACUACCACAAACUGUGCUAAUUUCGGCAACCUUCCACUUUCUUACAUAAACUAUAAUCAAAAACCAAACUUCUAAGACUGGUAAGAUUAAUAAUUCGGUUCAUGGAGAGGUCCUUUGAUGAAAGAAUUUGACACUACUGAAAUAUGCGGUCUCACUACUACUUUAUCUGUCUAUUGA